GUGUAAACUCAUCAAAAUGGGCAGGAUCGUAUUCUGAAAAUAUUACGGCAAGUCAGUCCUAUAGAAAGCUGAGACUGUUACGCCUUAAAUGUAGCGAGGAGGUUUUCGGCUUCUCUGAGAAACGACGAGUUGCAGCUGCUUUUUUUUAUGCAGAAAAUGUUCUCAAACAUGUCUGUGAAGCUAUGCCCAGGAUUAUACUGUGGAAGACCCAGGUUAAACCUCACCGAGGGAGAAUGUGGGGUUUGUCCAAGAGGAGAAAGAACUGAUGGUCAGAAGAUUUGUCGUAUGUGUGUGGAGUCUCCAGAGCUGUAUGACUGGCUUUACCUAGGCUUUAUGGCCCUGUUACCAUUGGUUCUUCACUGGUUUUUCAUUGAAUGGUACUCGGGCAAAAAAAGCUCCAGUGCUCUUUUUCAACACAUAACUGCACUGUUUGAGUGCAGUGCAGCAGCUAUUGUCACACUCCUGGUAAAUGAUCCAGUUGGCAUGCUGUCUAUCCGAUCCUGCAAAGUACAGAUGCUGUCAGACUGGUACACAAUGCUCUACAACCCCAGUCCUGAUUAUGUCACCACACUGCACUGUACCCAGGAAGCUGUAUAUCCUCUGUAUACAAUUGUGUUUAUAUACUAUGCCUUCUGCCUAGUAUUUAUGAUGAUGCUUCGUCCAUUACUGGUAAAGAAGAUUGCUUGUGGUUUGGGAAAAUCAGACCGAUUUAAAAGCAUAUAUGCUGCCCUGUACUUCUUCCCAAUUCUGACUGUACUACAGGCAGUUGGAGGUGGCCUGCUUUACUAUGCGUUUCCAUACAUUAUCCUGGUGUUGUCAUUGGUUACCUUGGCUGUCUACAUGUCAGCUUCAGAAAUACAGUCUUUUAGGAACCUUGUUGCCAAGAAGAAAAGAUUGGUUGUCCUCUUCAGUCACUGGCUGCUACAUGCUUAUGGAAUCAUCUCUAUCUCCAGACUUGAUAAACUAGAGCAAGACCUCCCCCUUCUAGCUUUGGUUCCAACACCUGCUCUUUUUUACCUGUUAACUGCCAAGUUUACUGAGCCUAACCGGAUACUCUCAGAAGGGGGGAAUGGGCAUUAAACAAUUGUGUAACAGAAACUCGAUGUAUUACAUGUUUUUGUAAAUGAAGCUGGUUUCUGAUUAUAGUGCAUAAAUGUACCGUAUUCCUUUGAAUUUAAGACACUUUUUUUUUUUUUUUUCAACCAUUUUUGUGCUUCUCAAAAUAGUGUGUCUUAAAUUAGAGUACAGUAUAGUGAUGCGUGUAUUAAAAUCGCCAAAAGACCUGACUACCCGAGUAUUCGAAGGAAUACGGUAUAUGUUUGUAUUUAUGUAUGUAUACAUUUUGUGUUAAGCCAGUGAUAGUUCAUUUAAGCAUUGUAUGUUUAAUAUGCUGAGUAAAAAGAACAUGUUGAUCGCUGAAAAUAAUCACCCAGCUAACUGUGUAACCAAUGUAUUUCAUUAAAAUCAACCACUAUAUGAAUGUCCAA